UUUGUAGCAGCUUGUGUCUUCUCACCAGCUCUGAGUUGAUAACAAAUCAUUGAAGGCCUUGAUUAAACUUUGAAACUGGAAAACACUUGUUGUUUUUCCAUUCGUUCAGCAAAGUUUGGAGACUACAUAAGGCAGGCCAGCUCUGCACUGUACCUUUUGUAGAGACCUGUAGCUGGAUCAUGAGGGUUGUCUUUGGUCUGCUGUCGCUGCUGCUGCUCGGCCUGUGUGGGUCAGGGGCUCAUGGGAUGGAUGGAGUUCUCACAGAGGAACUAGAGACUGAGCAGACGACAAAGGAAACCACCACUGACAUCUGGGUGGAGGUGAAGGCCCUGAGGGACAUGGUGGUGGAGCUCCGGGUGAAGCUGAGUGCCACGGAGGACAAAGUGCAGGAGAGUGAGAGUCAGGUGGAUGAACUGAGAGCUGAGCUGAUCGUCACCAAGAUGCACGUGGAGAUGCUGCAGACGGAGAACUCAGCUCAGGCCACAAAACUAGAAGCUUUGGAAACCAGACUGACUCAGACCGAGAGCACAACAAGUGAACUAAAGGAAGAGAAUGCAGCUCAGGCCUCAAAACUAGAAUCUCUGGAAACCAGACUGACUCUGACCGAGAGCACAACAAGUAAACUAGAGGAAGAAACUGCAGACUUGCAGAGUGAACUUCUCCUCAGCACAUCAAGGAUCGACCAGCUGGAGACAGAAAACACAGAGAAGCCUCAGGUGGCGUUCCACGCAGGUCUGACUGAUUCAGGAAAUAUUGGACCACACAGCACAGACUCCAACCUAAAAUUCACCAAGGUCAUCACCAACAUCGGCAAUGCUUACAAUCCCUCUACAGGUUUCUUCACAGCACCAGUCAAAGGGGUCUACCAUCUCCAGUUCACUGUGGCUGGAAACAGAGCAAGUCCAUUAAUAGGUUUAUUCAUGUUCAUGAAUGACCGAUUUAUUAUGUACAGUUUUGAGCCAACAGACUCCAUUUUUCAAUACAUAACCAAGUCUGUAGUCUUGGAGCUGAACGCAGGUGAUGAAAUUCACCUGGUUCUCCCCGGUGGAUAUUCUCUCUAUGACAAUACACACAACCACAGCACCUUCAGUGGCUUCCUUCUCUUCCCACAGUGAGGAGAUUGUAUUUGGCUUUAGUGAGAUUUGUGUGAGAUCUCACCUCAGCAUGCAUUCUUGAAAUAAA